ACGGAAGUAAGCGGACUCGGAGUCGCGCGGAGGGAUUCCCAGGGAAUGCGGCACAGCAACAUGGACAGGGCAGGCGGGAAGUCCGCGGCUGUUGUCGCAGUUGUGACUGAACCUCGGUUUACUCAGCGAUACAGGGAAUAUCUCGAGAAGCAGAAACUCCUGGAGAGACAGCACCGUGUGGAAAAGAUGCCGGAUGGCACCGUGGCGCUGCCGGUGCUGGGAGAGAGCCUCCAUGAGCAGCACCUGCGGGAGCUGAGGAAUCGUGUGGCUCCAGGCAGCACCUGUGUGCUAACGCAGCUCCUGAAUCCUGUUCUUUCAAAGAAGGCCCAGGCUUGUUCACCUGCCCAAAGGCUGUGUCUUGAGGUGAGACGCUGGGUAGAGGGCCGCGGAGUGACGUGGUCAGGUAAGCUGGAGGCUGAUCUGCCCCGAUCUUGGCAACGACAUGGUGACCUCUUGUUGCUGAGUGAGGACUGUUUCCAAGCCAAGCAAUGGAGAAAUCUGGAACCAGAACUCUGGGAGACGGUUGCCUCGGCCCUUGACGUCCAGCGUUUGGCCAAACGAGGGCGGGUGUCACCGGAUGGCACUCGAACUCCAGCAGUGAGUCUGCUGCUGGGCGACCAUGGCUGGGUAGAGCAUGUGGAUAAUGGGAUCCGAUAUAAGUUUGACGUGACCCAGUGCAUGUUCUCCUUCGGAAACAUCACCGAGAAGCUUCGUGUGGCAUCGCUGCCCUGUGCUGGAGAAGUGCUGGUGGAUCUCUAUGCAGGGAUUGGUUAUUUUACCUUGCCUUUCCUAGUUCAUGCUGGUGCUGCCUUCGUCCAUGCCUGCGAGUGGAACCCGCAUGCUGUAGUUGCUCUGAGAAAUAACCUUGAGCUCAAUGGAGUAGCUGAUCGAUGCCAGAUACACUUUGGGGAUAACAGAAAACUGAAGCUCUCAAGCAUUGCGGACAGGGUGAACCUGGGGCUGAUUCCCAGCUCUGAAGAAGGCUGGCCCAUUGCCUGCCAAACGCUAAGACAGGAUGCUGGAGGCAUUUUGCAUAUUCACCAAAAUGUGGAAUCUUUCCCAGGGAAGACUCUCCAGCCUCCUGGAAGCAGUGAAAUGGAAAAGGAGUAUUGGUCUUCUCCUCAGCAAAUGAUCACCAACCAGUUGAAAAAUGGAGCUGCCAGAGAUUCUAGGAGAAAAAUGCUGUCAGCCACCACCAAGCCAGAGUGGCAAAGGUGGGCGGAAGCUGCAGAAAGUCGAAUUGCCACUCUUCUUCAACAGGUGCACGGGAAACCGUGGAAGACACAAAUCCUGCACAUCCAACCAGUGAAAUCCUAUGCUCCCCACGUGGAUCACGUAGUCCUGGAUCUGGAAUGCCGCCCCUGUCCUCUAGUUGGCUAGAGAAGGUGGAUCCUGAGACAGGAGGAUCUACGUGUGAGUGGCCCUUAAAGCAUCAACUCAGGCUGGGGCCUCACCCCUCUUGUCUCCUGAAUGAGCUACGUAUCUGGGAGAAGUAGCGUGGCUCAUUGAAAUGAGGCCUGGCUGUGCAGUUGGUGAGUUCUGAAUUGUGACCUCAGUUCUAGCUAAUCUGGGGUACAUGGUUCCAGUAUUCCUUUGGCCUUGAAUUUUCUCAUUUGCAAAAUGAGGGAUUCUUGGCAAGGUCUCACAUGGCUGUCACCUAAUAAACAGUUAUGCACAGGGCAUUGGUUAUUUUAGAGUGAAGGACACAGUGCUGUUUCCAAAAUCACUGCAGCUACAGUAUGGAAACUCACCUGGAGUGGGGCCAGGAUGGAAGCAGGGAGACGGGAGAGGAGGCUUCUGUGGUGGUUCAGGCAUGAGAUGAUGGUGGCUUGGACUAGGGUGGUGGCAGUGAGAGGUGAAUGGAUUUGAGAAAUAAAAUCGAUGGGUCUAAGCAGUGGGGUCCAAAGCAAGGCAUUCAAGUGGUGCUGCUUGGUUAUUAUGACUGACUAAAUUAGGGAUGGAAGAGGACAAAAAUUCCUCUAGUGUAUUACCUCCAUUCGUCUACUUUAGCAUUCCUAAAUGAGUAGGUGCGGGGAGGGUGUGUCUUAGGUUUAUCAUAGUAGAGAAAGUGUUAAGAAUGACUGCUUUAAAUGACAGGGCAGGGAAACUAGAUUUCCAGCCUUAGCUUGUGCAGUAGCUGCCAAUUGCUAGCUAAUUUUUAAAGUUUGAAUUAAAAUCUUAGAUUUUUACAGGCCUCAGACUGCCUUUCCAUCUUCCUUCCCUGGCGGAGAACAUCAGGGCCAACAUAAGGAGCUCUAAGGAAUGUGAGAUGCUGUGCAGUUUUCCAAGCCUCCCCUUAUUUUAUGGCUGUCUGCCAGCGCCAUUGUUUACUGUUGGAAUGACUAAGUGUAAGGAAUCACUGUUUACCUUUAGGAUGACUAAUUGUCGAGAAUCAAUUUUCAGAGCUUUGUUUUGGUGCACUUUGAAGUCAUCUGGGCUUGUUGAAGGAAACAGAAGUGUGGCUUGGUAGUUCCCUGGUGGCCUAGUGGUUAGGAUUCUAGGCUUUCACUGCUGUGGCCUGGGUUCAGUCCCUGGUAGGGGAACUGAGAUCCCGCAAGCUGUGUGGCAAGGCCAAAAAAAAGAAAAAGGAUAAGUGUGGCUUUAUCAUGAUUAUGAUUGUACCUGGCAUUUGUCUGGCUGCGGUUGGGCUGGGCUGCUUGUUCUUCUCUUGCAGCAGUGCCAGUAAGGACAGGAUUGGUGCUGCUUGUGUUGUUCUGAAAAUAUUAAAUGCCUACUAUCAACAUGAGCCACAGGAAAUAUGAAGAGGCAUUAGAUACUGUCUCUGAGGAGCUCCCAAGCUAGCAACAGACGUAACACAAAUGCUGAAAGAGUCAGAACGCAGUAAGUGCCGUAUGAGUGAUAGCUCGUUGCAGAAGUGUAAAGGUGGGGAAGGAAAAAAAAGCUCUGAGAAUUGAAUGAGGAGGUCUUCAGAGAGGUAGUGUUUGAAUUGGCUCUUAAAAACUGGGUGAGAUUUUGUUAAGUGGAGUCAGGUGCUGGUUGAAGAGACUGACAGGUGCCAGAGUUUGGAAGCUCAGAGUGUUUGGAGCAUUGCCAUUAGAUCAGUUUGGAACAGAAGAAGCAGUGAGAGAUGUGCUGAAGAUGGGGGUUGCUGUAAGGAUUAAAAAGAACAGUGUCUUGUGCAGAGUAGGCCCCCAGGAAAUGUUGGCUAUCAUGUGACCCCUCAGAGCGAGCCUGCUAGAUUCCAUUCCCAUCCCACAGAACGGCCUUCCUGCGUUUGCCUUCAUCAUUUCACACCCUGGGUUUCUUCUCACACCUGUGCCUACAGCGUUCUCUCCUCAAGCUAAAGAUGCCAGCCGGAGCUUGAGCCAAUCCAGGGGGAGAAACAAUGAGGGAGAUGAGUCAGGGAGCCGCAUGUCCAGGGGCUGAGGAGUUAGCUUCCUGCCAUAAGCUGUGGGAGAGGCAGCUGAUGUCACCUGCACCCAAAUGAAUUCAUUCAACUUGUUAUACGUAUCAGGCCCUGAGUGUUAGUGGGGAAAGAAGAUUGACAUGGGCUCUGCCUUCGUGGCAUUUAGGUUCCACUCGUUCAGCUCCUGGCUCCGCUACUUUCUAUGUGACCUGAGGCAAGUCAUGAAUCUCUCAUGAUUUCGUUUUCUCGUCUGUAUGCUGGAGUUAACAAUUGAACAUAUCCUGAAGGGAAGUUGUUGGGUUUAAAUGAGUUAACAUACGUUAACUGUCAUCACAGUGACUGGUAUAUCGUGAAUGUUUCAGUCUUUGUAUGAGGGGAACUACCAUUUCCCAAUUUGGCUGUGAGGGAUUGCUGCACAUCUGCUUGACUUACAGCAGAAUGACUUUAUUUUGAAAGCCAUUCACUGGUUUAUUAGGAUGUUCUGUGAAUUUCCCCAUCAGGCACUGUGCGGAGGGCCAGGGACGUAGAGGUGAGUAAACCUGAGUCCUGCCCACAAUGGAAUCACCACCUGGUGACAUGGACACAGAUGAAACAAUGUCAGUACUAUGUACUAAGUGCACAUAUAGAAACAAAUGGGUUUUUACAGGCACGCAUAGGAUCUGGGUUAUGGGAGGUGGAGAGGGUGGCUGGGAAGGUGGGAGCAGGGAUGCCUAAGUUGAGAGUUAAAGAGUGAGCAGGAGUUACGUGUGAUGGAAGAGAAUAAGGGUCCCUUAAGCCUUUUCUCCACCUGAGUAUAUCCAUUUACAGUACAGUUUUCUCCAAGCACCUGCUGGAUGGCCUGACCCAGAAGAGACAUUUAGUGGAACCAAGGGGAAAAGACUGAAGGGGUCAGGAGGCUCAAUGCGUCCUUACAAAUUCAAUCCAGGAAUUUGUAAAAGCUCUAAAGGCUUCCUUUGCGGGCAUUAGUAUUAGUUGCUGAUUAAUGUACCCACCUGAUGGAGAAGUUGGGAUUAAAAAACAAUAAUAAUGAUUUUAUCAAA